CCGCUGAAAGACGUCACGACUACGGUGUACGAGUCAGUCUAGUGACAUUUACAGACGACUGUUCGUCAUUGAAUUAGUUUUAAAAACUAGCCAAUAGAGUAGUUGCCUAAUUUGCUUAAUUUGAGAAGGACACUUCCACAUAGGUGGACAUGGCAGAAGAAGAGGACAAGGCCUUAACUGCUGAAUUGGUGUCCAGCAGUGUGUCCCGCCUUGCUCGCUUUGACACUGGCCUUCAACACCCAUACUACCACCUGGCUGUCCCUGGUCACAGCCUGAGUGAUGUUUCUGUCCUGUGUAAUUAUUGUCAUCUACAAAAGCUGGAGCUGCCACACAACAGCAUCACAGAUCUGACCUGCGUGAACCACAUGCCUUUCCUCACCAUCUUGGAUGCCUCUCACAACAAGAUCUCUGAUUUCUUUGGCUUCCAGGCCCCUAAGAACCUGAAGGAGGUCAACUUCUCCCACAAUUGUCUAACACAAAUGAAGGACUUGUCGGACUACCCAGCUCUGAUGAAGCUAGAUCUAAACCACAACAAACUCAGUGAGGUCAUGGGCCUGGAGAAGUGCUGCAAGCUGACCCAUCUCGACCUGGCUUACAACAACAUCUCCAGCAUCAGCAGCCUUGAUGCUGUACCACUCACACACCUCAACCUGGUCCUAUUUUAG